AUUUACUCAUAAUAUAAAUUCAAGAAAUGACAGAAAAGAUACUGGAAUGGAACAAGGGGCUCGCCGGCGAAGCCGACGCGUCCAGCAGCACAGCGCUCCACUUCGCAGCAGCCUCACCGGAGAACAACCCAGAGACCGACAGUAGUUCACUCCUCCGCCGCUGUCUCCGCUCGCCGUCGAGCCACGGCCGCCGGACACCCACCCAGCUUCUCCUCGAGGCCGACCCCUCCUUACCCUUCCGCCCGGACGGCGACGGCGAGUACCCCAUCCACGUCGCCGCCGCCGCCGGCAACCUGAGGCUCGUGGCCCUCCUCCUCGAUGAGCACUGCUGCCCGGAGUGCGCCGGCCUCCGCGACGCCCGCGGGAGGACUUUCCUCCACGUCGCCGCCGACCGGGGCAGGCAGGAGGUCGUGGGAUUCGCCGCCGACGACAAGCGGGCGGUGGCGGCGUCGAUCCUCAACGCGCAGGACGACGACGGCAACACCGCCCUGCACCUGGCGGUCGUGGCCGGGGACCUGGGAUCGUUCUGGUGCUUGCUGCGGAAUCGCGAGGUUCGCCUGGAUCUUGCAAACAACGACGGCCUCACUCCGGUUGACCUCUCCAGGAGUACCGUUCCUGCGGGGCUUUACUACAAAACGAGCGCACGAACUUGGAUCCUCUGGUCUCUGGUAGAAAGCAACGCACUCGGCAGCAACUUCCGGCGCAACGAUCACUUCGAGGAGGAGUACGUCCCCAAGAAAGACGAGAGCGCCGAGUCAAAGAAGAUGACGGAGUCGACGCAGAUGCUGGGCGUCGGCGCCGUCCUCGUCGCCGCCGUCACGUUCGCGGUGGCCUUCUCCCCUCCGGGCGGCUACGGCGGCGACGGCGGCGGCGCGCCGGCGCUGGCGGGGCAGUACCCCUUCGACGCGUUCAUGUACGCGGUGGCGAUAGCCUUCGCCUACUCCAUGCUCGCCACGUUUAGCCUGAUGUACUCCAGCACGGCGGCGGUGGACUGGAAGCUCCGCCGCGCGUACUUCGAGCGGUCGCUGGCGUGGAUGCGGCAGUCGACGAGGAGCUUGCUGGUGGCCUUCGCGCUCGGGGUGUACCUGGUGCUGGCCCCGGUGUCCCGCACCACGGCGAUCGGCAUCAUGGUGAGCGCCUCCGGCACGCUGUUCCUCAGGAACAGGGAGGUGCUGCGGAUGCUGAUGUGCGCGUACGUGCUGCACAAGAGGAUGGGGAUCAUGGUGCUGGCGAGGAUUGGUGUCCCAAUGGCCGUCGUCCUACUGCAGUCCAGCCUUAUCUUCGUGGUUAUCUUUGGUGCACCCUUGUGUCCUCCGUUAUGCCUUCUGGUUUUCGUUGGGAAGCUAGUGCAUGAGGAUGUCUCGUUCCUAAGAUAUGUAAAUGGAAAGGUUGGUUCAUUACCUUUUCAAUAAAACUUCAGAGUAAUAGUUUAACCUGUUAGAGUUUGUGUCAAAUAUGUAUUCAUAGUCAGUUACAGUUUAGAAUUUGAAAUUGUAAUAGGUAUAAGUUAGAGUUAGAGUUAGAAUUGGACUCUAUCCUAGGCUCUAUCUAAAUAGAGUGGCACACCUAUUAUAACCGCAUGACAAAUUAGCAUAGCGAGAAGGAACGGUUGCCGACGACGUCCGGUCGUUGUAAUAUGUUGGAUGGGGGAGGAGUGACUGUAAUUAGUGUCCCAGAGAUAUAUGCUUUGGUUGAA